GAAGCAUUAUGGCCUUCCCUAUUGGGAAAAUCUUCCAAUUAUUUUGCAUUUUUUUACUCGCUUUGAGUUGUGAAGCAAAGAAGCGUCCACCACUAGAAAUUGAACCAGAAUUUCGUGUUGAUGAAGUUAGUGAACAAAAUGCUCUUAAAUUUGAGCUUGACAAGUGUGCUUUUUAUUGUUUUUUUGUUCCGUUAAAGGAUAAUGUCCAAAUUGACCUUCAUUUUUACAAGAACAUAAGCUGUUCUGACAUAGUUUAUGGCUUUGCUGAAGUAAACGAUAAUGGACUUAAAUUGCCAACAAAAUUAGAUUUAAUUCCCCAUUCAUAUUAUGGCAAUUUUAAAUUAAUAACUUCUUUACAGUUAAUUUCUACUUCUCCACGUGUGCUGCUAGGAAUGAAAAUGGUAAAAAUCAGAAUAUUUAAUUCUGAAAUUUUAAUUAAUUCUGAUUUUAUUAUUUCAAGUUUUAUUAAAUCAGAAUUCAAGUUUAUUUUUAUAUUUCUGUUUCAAGUUUAUUUUAAAUUCUGAUUUUUGUGUUUUAUUUUAAGUUUGUGUUUUUGUAUUUUUUCAAGUCUAUUUUUCUUUUAAAGUUUAUUUUCUUCUGCUUUAAGUUAAAUUCUGAUUUUUGUAUUUUACUUUGUUCAUUUGUGUUUUUUUGUAUUUUAGGUUUAUUUUUAUUACAAGUUUAUUUUUAAAUUCAAGUUUAUUUUGUCUUUUUGUAUUUUCGAUUUUCUUCAUUACCAAGUUUAUUUUUAAGCUUAUUUUUUAUUUUUUCAUUACAUUUGUAUUUUCUCUAAGUUUAUUUUUAA